AUGGUGCCUCAAGGCAGCCAUACAGCAGCCAUAAAGACCAUCGUUCUUCAUAUACUGCUGUGCCUCCUCAUUUUCUACACAGUGUAUUACAUGAUUGGAAGCAUUUGCUGUGGAGCAUUCAGGCUCAACAACUUUGGCAUGCUUAUCCCUUUUGAAUUCAACAUGGAACCAUCUUAUUCAAAUCCCAACUAUCUGGCAAAUGUGCUGUCGAUGGAGACCACCUUUCUGAUCAGCGGCCUCCUCUUUGCUGUGCUACUGAAACGCUGGGUCUGGGAUUAUACCAUCACUGUUACCAUGGCCCAUGUGCUCUUGACUGUUGCAGAGACAGAGAACGCAGAGGAGGAGGAAGCCGACAGGCAGUGCCACCCUCAGGACUGA